CCUGCCUCCAUCAUCAGUGCCUGUAUUGCAUGAGAAGCAGCUCCGUGUCUUGCAGCUGCAGCAGUGGUCUUCCUGCAGGCCGGGUCACGUGUUCCUGUGUGUUGACUGUGUGGAAAUUAAAGAAUCUCAGCAGAGAUCUGCAGCAGAGGAGCUAACACAGCUAACCACAGAGCUCACUAUCCACCGAGGAUACAGACAGCAGACAGAGACAUGCAAACACCGGACACACGGGUUACAGUAUGAGUUAACGUGAAGGAGCUUCUCACGUUCAGGAGGAUCAGGUGUGUGUGACACAGCAGCAGGAUGCCCAUCCCUCCCCCUCCUCCCCCUCCACCAGGGGGACCCCCACCUCCCCCCACCUUCAGCCAGGCCAACACCACCCCCCCAAAGCUGAGCAGAGACGAGGCCAAAGGUCGCGGGGCUCUACUGUCGGACAUCUGUCAAGGCACGCGGCUGAAGAAGGUGGCGGUGGUGAACGACCGCAGCGCUCCAAUGCUCGACAGUAAGAGCCAAACACCAAAGAGCCAAACACCCCCCACAGACCACCCAUACAUUCGCUUAUUCCAAUACCUACAACAGCAGCAAGGCCAGCCCAGACAGCAGGGGGCGCCAUCCGAGGAGCCGCUGAAGACUGGGGGAGAAACGAGCUCUGUUCUGUCGCUAGAGAAGCCCAAAGGAGGAGGUGCAGGAACGGGAGGAGCCAAUGGCAGCACAGCAGGAAGUCCGUCAGGUUCUGUUCCACCAGUCGGAGGGCUGUUCACGGGUGGAGUCCCCAAACUGAGACCAGUUGGAGAUGGUUCCUCUGGUCGAUCUCCCUCCACCCGAGCUGCAGCGCCCCGCCCACCCAGCCAUCGCCACGAUGACGCAGAGAGCCCCUCCCCUCAGGCGUUAUCGCCGAUGGAGACAAGUCGUUCCCAGCGUCCUUCUCUCCCCAACCUCUCCUCCUCCCCCUCUCCCUCCACUCCCUCCUCUGCAGCUUCUUCCCCCUCCGCCAGCAUGAAGCACUCCUCCUCAGCCCCGCCUCCACCUCCACCAAUCUGUCGACGUGGUAACGCCCCCUCCCCGCCCUCCUCCUCCGCUUAUAACCGGGAGAAGCCCCUCCCCCCGACCCCCAACAACACCCCGCCACUGCCAUCCAAACCUCCUCCAUCACCUGGCAACAGCAGACGCCCUCCCACCUCAGGUGGAAACCCCACCUCCUCCUCUACUUCCUCCACUCUGGCCCCGCCCCCUCCCCCGUACCGCAUCACAAAUGGUCCCACAGGUGGAGGUGGAGAGUUGGCUCCGGAUCUCCCACAGCGUCACAACUCCCUCAGCAACAAGAGGACUGCACCGUCACCUGGAGGCCACACCCCCACCAGAGGUCCCGCCCCUCCUCCUCCCCCUGCCUCACCCACGCCGUCUCAACAGGGAGCCAACAGGCCGCCGCCCCCCCACAGAGAGGCGCCAGGUAGAGGAGCAGCUCCUCCUGUCCCCGCUCAGCCUUCAGCCUCUUCAAGGGCGGGGGGCAGAGAGGCUCCGCUCCCCCCUCCCUACAGGACACACGGUAGCCCCUCCCUCUCCUCUGAUCCUCCUGUCAGAGGGAAACCUCCUCCCCCACCAACCCGCACCCCUGCUGCUCCUCCCCCGCCUCCCCCUCCUAUCCGCAAUGGCCACUCCACCUCCUCCAACACCUCCUCCUCCAUCCCUCGCUCAUUUGUCGAUGAUUUUGAGUCCAAGUAUUCGUUUCAUCCUCUGGACGACUUCCCUCCUCCUGACGAGUACAGACACUUCGCCAAGAUCUACCCGAGCAAGGCCAACAGAGUGAUGAGAGGAGCUCCCCCGCUGCCACCUGUCGGCAGGUGAACAAUGAUAACGGCAUCACAGCUGGACCACACUCAUGCACACACACACACACACACACACACACACACACACACACACACACACACACACACACACACACACACACACACACACACACACAACCCUCCAUCCUGUUUCAUGACAUCACGUCCAGCUUUGUCAUCAUUGUUGCCUCCAUUUCUGCCUCAACUACGCUCACAGCUGAUUGACCGAGGAAAGCUCUGAUCUGAUUGGCUGAUGCAGCGGGACAGCGUUAGACUGACUCAGGACGUCGUGCUCAGAGUGUCCAGAGCGAUGGUGAUGAUGAAGAUGAUGAAGAGGAGCUUCCAGCUCUGCAAAUUUAUGUCAGCUUCUUCUUCUCUCAACACAGCAAAGCUGCAGUUUUUAUUUUGUUUUCUGGUUUUUUUUUUUGCACUCGCACUUUUAGUUUGAAAGCAGCCGCUCCACCUGUGACCCGCUCUGAAGAGGAACGUGAAGAAGAAGACUUUGUGGAGCUGAAAGCUGCCGCAGGGACUCCUUAGACUUAAACUAACCACUGAGCAAAACACUGAGCGCAGAGUAGUUAGUCGUGGAGCUGAAUCUGUAUUAUGAACAUAACAGUUCAACAUUUUUUGAAAAAAGAGAAAGAUGUUUGUUAUUAGAUAGUUUAAACUCUCUUUUCUUAAUCUUGUGCUCUCUUUCAUUAAUAUUUGAGGACAUUAACGCUUCCUCACCUGAAAUCUGUCUUUCAAACGCAGCAGAAAACUUUAUUUUGAUAUAUAUUCAUAAAUAUUUUCUUAGAUUUGCGCUGAUGUGAAAGAUGACGUAUCUCUUUAAAUUUAAAAGCGAAGCAGGAAGUGUGAUUAAUUGUUCCUAUAAACCUAAUGAGGAUUUCUUAUUUUACUAAGAAAUUAUUUUUUUACACAGAAAUCAACUUAAUAUUUCUGAAACAUUUACCACAUGUUGAAAAAUGGGAGGGAAAAAAACCCAUUUGGACGUUUAACAUUGUCGCUGUCAGGCAGGAACUUGUACCUCCAUAUUUCAUCAUUUUCAUUUAUUUCCAUUUAUUAAUGCUAUGAGAAGCUAUGCUACUAAACUUCCUUUGGAAAGUCUUAAAAACAGCUUGUGGCUGAGUCUCAUGCUGUUUAGUUAUGUGAAAAACUUUUACUUCCUGGAAAGAUUUUUGGAGAUACAGGGUUUCUGCCUGACGAGGAUGAUAUUUGGAUUCCACUGAUCAAAUUAGACAUCAUGAUAAUAAAAUAAUAAUGCAUAUAAAAAUCAUCAACCAUCUUCUUGUUUCAGCAAAAAAAGGAACAAUGAUUUUGUUUUAGGUAAAUUGUAAAAAUUAAAUCGUUAAAUCAGAGAAAAUAACACAAAAGGAGGAAAUUCGAUCUUACGCUAGUGACGACCUUUGUAAUAUAUUUUUUUAAAACAUGUGGGUACAAAGUUUUUUGCUUUUUUUUGCUUUUAUUGGAAAGGACAGAUGAAGAGAGACAGGAAGUGUGGUGAGUGGAGAGUGGGUGAGGACUUGCAGUAAAUGGUCGAGGCUGGAAUCUAGCCUGCGACCUCUGUGACGAGGUCUAUACCCUCUGUAUGUGCGGCGUGUGCUUAGACCGCUAGGCCAACGGUGCCCUUAAGUUUUUUUUUUAACAUUAGACAGAGCCAGGUUAGCUCUUUCCUCUGUUGCUAGUCUUUACGCUAAGCUAGUGUCAAUACAUUUGACUCAGCGUUAAAAGGUCCUCUGUGGACUUCUUCAUUCGGGUAGCAUUUAGCUGUUUCCUGUGUAUCUUGCACUAGCAUUCACAGUCCUCCUGCUGAGUUUAAGCAAACAGUUUAUUGUGGUAACAUGUAAAUUAAUGGAAGAGAAGAAUAGAGAAAGUCAAUACACUUGUGGAUAAAAGGCAUUGACUUUAUAAAGAUGUGAAACAGACACUCACGGUUAUGAAAAGUUCAAUGACUUGUGUUAAUUUUCUCCUUAAUUGUGUUAAAUAAAUAAUUAUUCCCUAAGAAGAAUAAUGAAAACUUAAGUAUACAUCAGCACAAGAAGUAACUAUGACAGAAAGACUUGCGAAUAGUUUGUUUUUGUAUAUUAACCCAGCUGUUAGCAUAAAUGAGAUGGGAUUUAUGACCUAUACUGCAGCCGGCCAGAAGGGGGAGCUCUAAAUAUUUUGGCUUAAUUUUGAGGGAGCUGCAAUGUCAAUGUUUCACAGUCUAUGCAACUUUAAAAUGAACGUAACAAAGGCAUCAAAAGCAAAAUGUUGAACUGUUUUUUCAGUGUUCAGAAUUCAGUCGUCCUGCUAAACCACAAAAACAAACGUACAUAGGUUCAGCUUCUACUGAGGGCUGGAUCUGAAUGUAGAUCUGGAUCAGGAUCUACGUAACGUAAACAAGAGCGUCAGCGGAAUAGAUGUCCUCAGACAAAAAACGUUUUUAAUUAAUGUUCAGGAUUCAGACGUCCUGAUAAACCACAAAAACAAACGUACAUAGGUUCAGCUCCUACUAAGGCCUGGAUCUGCAUUAGGAUCUGCGUUAAUUCAGAUGUCCUGAUAAACCACAAAGACGAACUCAGACUGGUGUUGGCUCCUCCUGAGAGCAGUAUCUGGAUGUGGAUCAGGAUCUAGAAGGUUCCCGAGAAAGCUUCACUCUGACACUCUGAACCAACAUGUAGGAUUAACAGUUUACAGACGGAUGGACGUGUGACACCCCUGUAAAUACUUCAGCUCACCUGCAUCAUAUCAGCUCUAUGACGCGCAUUACUUUAUGUCAGGGUGUGACCUGAUGAUCGCCAACAGACAUGGAUCAGUUUCUGAGGAGGUCAAGUCUCUUAAGUGCCAACAUGGACAAAACAAAGUCACCUGACCCCCCCCCCCUGACUCCGCCCCCGACUCCGCCCCCUGCUGCAGGUUGUCGCGCAGGUCGUACCAUGUUGGUGUGAUGUGGGGGGGUUGAAAGGACAGACAAUCACAGACAAAGAGGUCUUCUGCCUGCAGCAAGGACUUUUAUAUCCUACCUUCCUUCCUUCCUUUAUUCCCUCCUUCUUUAACUCUUUCCUCCAAUCUAAGCUCCACUGCUUUCUUCCUUUCAUUUUCCCUUCCUUUAUUUCUCUUCUUCCCUCCUUCCUUUCUGCCAUCCCUUUCCUUCUUCCAUUCCCUCCUUCCUCCCUUUCCUUCCUCCCUCUUCAUCCUCACCAGUACCCCGUUUCACGCCGUCUUUAUUUGAGUGUUUGUGAGCGUGACAAAGAGGCCUCCCCACUCUACAUGCAGUGUUAAAAUAUUACCCAGAAUUCUUAGUGUUUCAUGUGACGAGAGAAUAUCAGAGUGACUGGUAGCUGUUAUUAUUUCACAGGUUUAGUGACGCUGUAAUGAGGAGAAGUCUGAGUUAUUGAGGAUAAAAUAAAAAGUCAUUAUUUGGAAGAACCUUUUUAAUAUUAAUUUGAAAAAAAAAGGAAUUAUUUCCUGAGCUAUUUUUUAUUUAUUUGUUUAGAUUUGAUAAAAAAGAGAAGAAACAAGAUGAGAUGAAGUUUAGUAAUCAUUUUAUUUUACCAUUAAAUCUUGUGAAAUUUAAAUAAAGUAACAAUUUCAAAAGUGAAACUUAAAAUUUAAUGAAUUCACUUGAUAAGGAAAAGGUUACGAUAAUAAAAACAAAGAAAUUCAAUUAAAAAUCAUUUAAAAUUAUCUUGAAAAAACUGUAAUUGUAGUUAAUUAUUACAACGUUUCUUUUAUGCUUAUAAACUUAUAAUCAUAAAAACUGAAACUUGUAUUUUAUUUUAUUCCUUAUUCAUUGGUAGAAAUAUAGUGACAUCAUCUGCAUAAAGAAGAAUACCUUGGGUUCAAUAAUGACUUCAUUAUGUCUUAAUUGUGACUUUUCUCAUCAAAUUAGAGCCGGUUCUUUUCUCUUAGUGUAUCUUUGUAUUCUCAAAUGAAGAUUUUAAACUCACUAACCAACAACCUUAGACUUAUAAGUAUGACUCAAAGAUAAUACCUUAUCUUGGUGACAUCAUCAUCUCUUCGUGUCUUAAUGAACCUGAACGGAAGAAAUGAAUGAACGCAUUUCUUCCAAGCGGCAACCUCCGGCCGUGAGAAUUGAAGCCAAUGCGGAGGUGUUAAAAACUGCAGUUCAUCGAGUGUCCACUUGAGGCUGGCUCCGAAGUAUCGGAAACCACAUACACACAAAUUCAAAAAAGCCGAUCUUUACAGCAGAAAUAAAUACGUUGACAUUGACAGGCGGGAACACUGCAGCUGUUGGCGAGGAGGCUGAAUGCCCGCCUCUUUACCUCACACUCGCUCCACAGCAAUUAUAUUGAGUUCAACAUUUCCAAUAUGGCCGCCGCCAAUUGGCUACAAAAGAGCGCUUCAGAAACAGAUGGGUGACGUCACGGAAACUACGUCCAUUAUUCAUACAGUCUAUGAUUUCUUCUCUCAGUGCCACAUGACAUCAUUUCCUGUUAGAUUCUUGUUUUUCUUCUGGAUUUGUUCGGAUCAUGUGACCAAACUGGUUCCUGUGUUGCCGGUGUAAAAUGUUCAGUUUAGUUUGAAGGCGUGUGACGUCAUCACCCCCCUCGCUAAUGUUACUGAGUAUUUAAUGAUGUGAUGAGGAGCUUCAGUUGCAGUUUAACAUGGAUCACGUCAAACGUCAUUAACCUCCACCCUUCAGUCCUUCCUUAACAUUUUCCAGUUAAUGAUACGUGAUGGAGACUUCAGUUUUCUUAAAAAAAGUCUUGUUAUGUUUCUCUCAAAAACACAUGCACAGUGCCCUGUUAUUAGCAGAUCAUGAAGUAGCAACAUGUGAAGAAGGUUUGAUGAGGAGGCUUGAGAAAUGAGUUUUCCAUCAUAUCAAAAUGUGUUUUAGUGACAUGAUAGUCACAACAUCAGACAUGACAUUGAAUUUAAGUUAAUUUUUGGAAUUUCACUUCAGAUUUAAACCUUGGAGAAACAAAAAUAACUCAUUCAUUAUUUUGGUACCAUGGAAAAAUCAUUUUGCUGAAGAUUUGACCAUUAGAUGUUGUCAGGUUUGUUUACCCUCAGCUUAAAAUAAUUUGUAAUGACAUUAGAUGAGUAAUUGAGCAUCUUCACUGGGCGUUUUAUAUGUUUUUGUUGUUACCUUCAGCGGCAUAUUGUUAAAGUUUUCAAUUGUUAUUUUCAAAUUUAGCUGCACUUCAUGUCAGUAGGGUGUAACCUUAAAAUCAAAUGUCUAAUUUCAUCUGUUUGCCACCAGAAUCCAUUUAAAAUUAUGCUUUUUUAACCUUUUCUUCAUCCUGAACAAAAUACAUGUUGGUGCAUUGUUAGCUGCAACAUGAACUCCCCUCCCCCCUCCCGCACCCCUCCUGUUUGCCUUACAAACUGUUUGCUGUAAAACUUCAGUCAUAAACUGUAAAAAGCUAACAUGUUAAUAAUGUUUAAAGUGACUUAUUAGGAGGACAGACUGUCGUUCUAACCGUAGUGAUGAUCCUAGCUUUAGACUCAAACUGGGACUGAUGGUUUGUUGGAUACCCAGUUUAACAGCAUGCUCUCUCUAACUGCUCUCUGUACUUUGACUGCAGCAGAAAUAAACUCUCAAACAUG